AUCGAUCAGCGGAACCGAUCGUAGCCAGCACCUCCAUAUUAACGGACGAAGGGGAAGUCACUCGUAGGUUAGAUUUCGUUGGUGUGUUGCUAUAGAAUCUCUCCCUUCCCCACUCCUUCCCCUCGCUUUAGUUUCCCUUUGUAAAUUUUUAAUUGCUGUUCGAGCACUACGAUGAUCUACGUACAAGUGGCUUUCGUUGCAUUUAUGUUCGCUGUAUUGCAUUUGGCUUCGGCUGAGGACGAACCGGUGAUUUGUUACGUAUGUAAUUCUAAACACGAUGAAAGAUGCCAGAGAGGGAAGCUGGAUGAUAGUCUCUUGAAAAAUUGCAGUGAUUUGAAAAUGGGUUCCAAAUACACAUCCUGCCGCACCAUUGAACAAAACAUAGAUUUCAAAAUGCUGAAUAUGGAACCUAACAGCAGAAUUAUACGCCAGUGUGCUCAAUGGGAUAGCAGUCGAGCCUGUUACUACAGAGGAGGCUUUGGAGGCAGAGUCAAUGUAUGCCAUUGCAAAGGAAGAGGAUGCAAUGGUGCUAACAGUCACAAUAGUGCAAUCUUUAUGGUUUUCGUGUGUUUGGCAUUAACGUUAAGGGUGCUGCUCUGAGAAAGGAUGAGCUAUUUCAUUGUGUCACUUUGUGACACUGUAGAUAGCAAAGUUUACCCUUUGAUUAUCUCAUACCACUCACAGAUUAGUGGAAAAUCAAAAUUUUUGUUCUAAACAAACUAGUUUUUUUGUUCAUAGUUGCGAACUUCCCAAAAUACCGAAAUUAAAUAGACUAAAAUGAAAACAUUUUAAUUUUUUUAUGUAAAUAUUUCUAAAAUUGGAUAUUAGAAAAGCAUUUACUUGUAGAUAGUACAAAGAGAUUUAGUAUUUGGAGUAUUAUACAGUAUUUAAUAAGUUCAAAAUUUAUUUUAUACUCAAGACUAUCCAAUCAUUCCAAAUUUUAGCUGUGACAUGCUUAUAAAUGUGACUUCCAACAGUUAAGCUACUUAUAAAAUGCCAAAAUUUCUUCCAUUUUUCUUAAAUUUAUUAUAUAAAAUUAUACAUAUGCAUGCUAGACCUACAUAUUUGUCUACAAAAUAAAUUUUUACAGAGUUGGAAAUUUGUCAACUUGAACUACUUCCAUCAAAUUUGACAAAUUUUAAACAAAGUUCUACUCUAUCUUUAAUAAUUAUAUGUAUUUUUGAUAAAGAACUCAUUUUGGAUGAUUGCAGCUUUACAAUGUCAUUGUUGUAAUAGUUUAUCAUUCCAGUUAUUUCAUACCAGAAAAACCAGGAAGGUCGAAUAAAAGCCUAUUUGAAAAUA